CAACUCCACCCCCAAUUUCAUAUCUUACGAUUCAUACAUACAAUCUCUCUCCAAACAAAAAAAAAAAGAAACCCUAAUUUCAUCUUCUUACUUUCAAGAAAUAUGCAGAUCUUUGUUAAGACUCUCACAGGAAAAACCAUCACUCUCGAAGUCGAGAGUUCUGACACCAUCGAUAAUGUCAAGGCCAAGAUCCAAGACAAAGAAGGGAUCCCCCCAGACCAGCAGAGGCUUAUCUUUGCUGGAAAGCAACUCGAGGACGGUCGAACCUUGGCCGAUUACAAUAUCCAAAAGGAAUCGACCCUCCAUCUGGUGCUGAGGUUGAGAGGAGGUAUGCAGAUCUUUGUCAAGACUUUGACAGGGAAAACCAUCACUUUGGAGGUCGAGAGCUCUGACACAAUCGAUAAUGUUAAGGCCAAGAUCCAGGACAAGGAAGGCAUCCCCCCAGACCAGCAGAGGUUGAUUUUUGCUGGCAAGCAGCUUGAGGACGGACGUACCCUUGCUGAUUACAACAUCCAGAAAGAGUCUACCCUCCAUCUGGUUCUUCGUCUCCGUGGUGGUAUGCAGAUUUUUGUCAAAACCUUGACAGGGAAAACAAUUACUUUGGAGGUUGAGAGCUCGGACACCAUUGACAACGUCAAGGCUAAGAUCCAAGAUAAAGAGGGGAUCCCACCAGACCAACAGAGGUUGAUUUUUGCUGGAAAACAGCUUGAGGACGGACGUACUUUGGCUGAUUAUAACAUUCAGAAGGAGUCUACCCUCCAUCUGGUUCUUCGUCUUCGUGGUGGUAUGCAGAUUUUUGUUAAGACCUUGACAGGGAAAACCAUCACUUUGGAGGUGGAGUCUUCUGAUACGAUUGACAAUGUCAAGGCCAAGAUUCAGGAUAAGGAGGGGAUCCCACCAGAUCAGCAGAGGUUGAUCUUCGCUGGGAAACAAUUGGAAGAUGGACGUACACUUGCAGAUUACAAUAUUCAGAAGGAGUCCACCCUUCACCUUGUGCUCCGUCUUCGUGGUGGUUAUUGAAUAUCGUACUUUGCUGGUGUUAUCAACGUUUGAAUGUUGCUGGUUUUUAAGACAAUGAUUUAGUUUCUUGCUCAAAUCUCGGAUUAUAAACAGAUCUUUAUGUAUUUGAUUUACUGUUCUUGUGAUUAUGUAAUCGAUUUGUGUUUGGUAUAAUUUGAUUACACAUUAUAAAUA